GUUGUACGUUUUUAAUAUCAUAUCAUAAAGAUACCUGCUCUUGUUUGCCUUUCUCUAAUUGCUUUGCGAAUAUUCUCUUGAUAACUCUAUUCUAGAACAAAAGAUGAAAUUUAAAAUAACACUUCUGUCCCACUCUUAUGCCCAUAUUAAAAAUGGCGACCGCCGCCUUCCGCAGCAAUAGUUCCUCUACGAAAAAAGAUCCGGGCAGAAACAGGGCUGGGCAGGUGCAGCAGAGUAGAGCUGGGGUUGCUUUACAGAGGCUCUUGGAAGUUACGAGCGCGGCUCAAGUUAGAGCUGUUGAGUUUUGCUUAGGCUGGUGUGGCGAGAGGCCAGUCCUUAUCGCGGAGACCUAAAGACUGCCGUCCAGCUUGUUAGCUGAAGAGGUAGCGGAGCCGGGCCGCUGACUGGUCACUAUGUGGGCCUUACCGGAGUUGCCUAUACCGCUGCUAGUGAAUUUGGUCGGCUCUCUCCUGGGCUUUGUGGCCACACUCACCCUCAUCCCAGCCUUCCGUGGCCACUUCAUCGCCGCGCGCCUCUGUGGUCAGGACCUCAACAAAUCCAGCCGGCAACAGAUCCCAGAGUCCCAGGGAGUGAUCAGCGGUGCUGUUUUCCUUAUCAUCCUCUUCUGCUUCAUUCCUUUCCCCUUCCUGAACUGCUUUGUGAAGGAGCAGUGUAAAGCAUUCCCUCACCAUGAAUUUGUGGCCCUGAUAGGUGCCCUCCUUGCCAUCUGCUGCAUGAUUUUCCUGGGCUUUGCGGAUGAUGUACUGAACCUACGCUGGCGCCAUAAGCUGCUGCUGCCCACAGCUGCCUCGCUACCUCUUCUCAUGGUCUAUUUCACCAACUUUGGCAAUACAACCAUUGUGGUACCCAAGCCCUUCCGUCCAAUUCUUGGCUUGCAUCUGGACUUGGGAAUCCUGUACUAUGUCUACAUGGGGCUGCUGGCAGUGUUCUGUACCAAUGCCAUCAAUAUCUUAGCAGGAAUUAAUGGCCUAGAGGCUGGCCAGUCACUUGUCAUUUCUGCUUCCAUCAUUGUCUUCAACCUGGUGGAGCUGGAAGGUGAUUAUCGAGAUGAUCAUGUCUUUUCCUUGUACUUCAUGAUACCCUUUUUUUUCACCACUUUGGGAUUGCUCUACCAUAACUGGUACCCAUCACGGGUGUUUGUGGGAGAUACCUUCUGUUACUUUGCUGGCAUGACCUUUGCCGUGGUGGGCAUCUUGGGACACUUCAGCAAGACCAUGCUACUCUUCUUCAUGCCCCAGGUGUUCAACUUCCUCUACUCACUGCCUCAGCUCCUGCAUAUCAUCCCCUGCCCUCGCCACCGUGUGCCCAGACUCAAUAUCAAGACAGGCAAACUGGAGAUGAGCUAUUCCAAGUUCAAGACCAAGAGCCUCUCUUUUUUGGGCACCUUUAUUCUAAAGGUAGCAGAGAGCCUCAGGCUAGUGACAGUACGCCAGAGUGAGAGUGAGGACGGUGAAUUCACUGAGUGUAACAACAUGACCCUCAUCAACUUGCUACUUAAAGUGUUUGGACCCAUACAUGAGAAAAACCUCACAUUGCUCCUUCUGCUGCUGCAGAUCCUGGGCAGUGUCAUCACCUUCUCCAUUCGAUACCAGCUUGUCCGACUCUUCUAUGAUGUCUGAGUCUCCUGAUCAUUGUCCUUUACUUCAGUCUCUAGGAUUCCUCUGUCGGCACCAAGACUGUCUUCUGACCCAGGACUUUCCUGCCCUUCAUAUGCCCCCUGAUUUUGUUCUCAGCAUUUUCCUUCCGCCAUGAUUAUUGACAUUCUGGGCCUUUCUUGCCCACUAAUAACUACUGAUUGAACUUUGCCUAUGGCUUUCUCCAACUUGCCACUUUCUCCCUCUCUGUCCCAUUUUUUGAAGCCUCACAAGGUGGGAUGCAGCAGCUUUUAUGUAGUUAUCCACAACUCAAAAUUUCAUAGUCCUGAUUCUUAAGGAGAUGCUGGGCCUUGGGAUAGAACCUGGCGCUAGGGACACAGGCUUCAAGGUCACUUGACUUUUGACUAUAAAUUAAGGGUUUUGAUUAGUAAGAACAGACUAGGGGGCCAGGUGCUCUCAAUGGUGACAAUAAAGUGUUGUCUUUUUCUUAUU